AUGCAACCCUUGGUCCUAUCAGCAGGACAGGACACCCUCGGAUCUUAUAACCUCUUCAGGAAACGAUAUACCUAUCCAAUUGGACAUCUUCCGUUCUUCUGCUACAACAGGACAAAAAGUUGGCUGGAAUGUCCAGAGAUAAGGAGCUUAAAAGGAUGGGAGAAACACCAGAUGCACGUACUCUUCCGGCUUCGUGGUAUUGCAGCCAGCCGCUCUAUCAGCUCGAGUGCAGGGCAAUCUUCAACAAGGUUCUUGACCAUAGGGGAAAAGGUCGAGUAUGAAAUCGCCCAGCAGUCGAUUCUCGCCUUUCGAAGCUCUGGAGACGCGACUUUCCCUGGUCCAGAUGAGAUUCAGGUCGUCAGUGUGAGGACAGGCAGAACGCUUCGCUCUCAUGUCACACCCACUGGUCUUGUCUUUAGUACAUUGUCGGACGAAGCUCCGAACUUUGACGAGUACUUUCCGGGUCUCGAGGCAUUGCUAGAAAGGGUAGAUUUUACCAAGCUGCCAUAUAGGCGCAGUAUCAAAUAUGAAGGACGCUUCAACUGGAAGACGAUGGUCGACGGUUAUCAGGAAUGCUUGCAUUGUCAAUACACACAUCCCUCGUUCUCCAUCUACUAUCCCCCGACAUUCUAUACUGUCAACAAUCACCAGAACUUCUCCCAGCAUAUCGCUGAUCCAAAGAAACCAGACGACGGAUUGUUCUUGUAUUUCUUCCCCAACUGCACUCUCAACGUCUAUGGCGGAGGCAUGUCUUCAUUCCGUGUCUGUCCGACUGAAGAUCCAAGCCAGACAAGGAUGGAAUUUGACUAUUAUCACAAAGAGUCGGGGAAUAAAUUUGAGGAGUAUUACCAAUUCGUUCGACAGGUUGCGAUGGAGGACUAUGAACUUUGCGAGAAAGCGCAAGGUAAUCUGGAAAAGGGUGUAUACAGCGAAGGUAUCCUGAAUCCAGAAAAGGAGAACGGAGUUGCAUUCUAUCAAGGCAGAGUCUUUGAGCUGGUGUGCCAGCAGCACGCUGCGGAAAGCGCAAGCCAUGGUCUCUCCGCACCCAGAUUGAAGGAAUCAGAGAUAAAUGCCGAGCAGGUCGGAGCGGCCGCAUAG